UGGUUUGGCAUGGACAUUGGGGGAACUUUGGUGAAACUUGCAUAUUUUGAACCUAUUGAUAUCACUGCAGAGGAGGAGCAGGAGGAGGUUGAAAGCUUGAAGAGCAUCCGCAAAUACCUGACUUCCAAUGUAGCCUAUGGAUCCACUGGCAUUCGAGAUGUCCACCUUGAGCUGAAAGACUUAACGAUUUUUACUCGGAGAGGGAACUUGCACUUCAUUCGAUUCCCAACUCAUGAUUUGCCUACUUUUAUCCAAAUGGGAAGAAAUAAAAACUUUUCAACACUACAUACGGUGCUCUGUGCCACUGGUGGUGGCGCUUACAAGUUUGAAGAAGACUUUCGCACAAUUGGAAACCUUCAGCUGCACAAACUGGAUGAGCUUGAUUGUCUUGUCAAAGGCUUAUUGUACAUAGAUUCUGUCAGCUUCAAUGGCCAGGCAGAGUGCUAUUAUUUUGAAAAUGCCUCAGAUCCUGAGAGAUGCCAAAAGAUGCCUUUUACCCUGGAUGAUCCCUAUCCCUUGCUGGUUGUUAACAUUGGUUCAGGAGUCAGUAUUUUAUCAGUCCAUUCCAAAGACAACUAUAAAAGAGUAACUGGAACAAGUCUAGGUGGAGGGACCUUUCUUGGUUUAUGCAGUUUGUUGACGGGCUGUGAAAGUUUUGAAGAAGCUCUGGAAAUGGCAUCCAAAGGAGACAGCACACAUGCUGACAAGCUGGUUCGAGAUAUUUAUGGAGGAGACUAUGAAAGAUUUGGCUUGCCAGGAUGGGCUGUAGCAUCCAGUUUUGGGAAUAUGAUCUACAAAGAGAAGAGAGAGUCUGUUAGUAAAGAAGAUCUUGCAAGAGCCAUUUUGGUCACCAUCACCAAUAACAUUGGGUCUAUUGCCCGGAUGUGUGCAGUAAAUGAGAAAAUAAACAGAGUUGUGUUUGUUGGCAAUUUUUUACGUGUGAAUACUUUGUCAAUGAAGCUUCUUGCAUACGCACUGGAUUACUGGUCAAAAGGCCACCUGAAGGCCUUGUUUCUAGAACAUGAGGGAUACUUUGGAGCUGUUGGUGCUCUUCUUGGGCUGCCAAAUUUCAGUUGAGAUACCAGAUGUCACUGCACUGAACUGUUUUCCACCUGAAUGACACUUGUUUAUGGCUGCAGGAACUAAAUCUGAGGAGGGAAGAAGAAAAGAGCAGAUUUUCUCUAACUUUUUAAGUGAUGAACUACUGAACUGCUGGCAUUGUAAGGAAGGAGUUUUCACUCUCUUGGCCAUAGAAAAGUGACAUGUUUGAGGAUAUAGUUUAUGUUCUUUGGUACAUGUAG